UCUUCAACUGCCGCCAUGACGACUGCUUCCACCUCGCAGGUGCGCCAGAACUACCAUCAGGACUUGGAGGCCGCCGUCAACGGCCAGAUCAACCUGGAGCUCUAUGCCUCCUGCAUCUACCUGUCCAUGUCUUACUACUUUGACCGCGAUGAUGUGGCUCUGAAGAACUUUGCCACAUAUUUUCUUCCCCAAUCUCAUGAGGAGAGGGAACAUGCUGAGAAACUGAUGAAGCUGCAGAACCAACGAGGUGGCCAAAUCUUCCUUCAGGAUAUCAAGAAACCAGACUGUAACGAUUGGGAGAGCGGGGUGAAUGCAAUGGAGUGUGCGUUAAACUUGGAAAAAAGUGUGAAUCAGUCACUACUGGAACUGCACAAACUGGCCACAGAUAAGAACGACCCCCAUUUGUGUGACUUCAUUGAGUCUCAUUACCUACAUGAGCAGGUGAAAUCCAUCAAAGAAUUGGGUGACUACAUAACCAAUUUGUACAAGAUGGGAGCCCUGCAAUCUGGCCUGGCAGAGUAUCUCUUUGACAAGCACACCCUGGGAGACAGUGCUGGAGAGAGCUAAGCUUUAGCCUGGCUCCCCCACAGCUUCAGGGGUGACUUCCGUGGUCACCAAGACAGCAUAUGCAUGUUGGGUUUACCUUUACCUUUUCUAUAAAUUGUACCAAAACAUCCACUGAAGUACUUCAAAUAAAGUGAUUUGGUACCCAAAAAAAAAAGAAGAAGACAUUCAGGUAGCUAACAGAUAUACGAGGAAAUGUUCACGAUCAUUAGCCAUUAGAGAAAUGCAGAUCAAAACGACAAUGAAAUUUCAUCUCACUCCAACAAGGCUGGCAUUAAUCAAAAAAAACACAAUAAAUGUUGGAGAGGCUGUGGAGAGAUUGGAACACUUAUACACUGCUGGUGGGAAUGUCAAUUGAUACAACCACUUUGGAAAUCGAUUUGGCGCUUCCUUAAAAAGCUAGAAAUAGAACUACCAUAGGAUCCAGCAAUCCCACUCCUUGGAAUAUAUCCUAGAGAAAUAAGAGCCUUUACAUAAACAGAUAUAUGCACACCCAUGUUUAUGGCAAAAGUGUUUACAAUAGCAAAAACAUGGAAGCAACCAAGGUGCGCAUCAAUGGAUGAAUGGAUAAAUAAAUUAUGGCAUAUUCACACAAUGGAAUACUAUGCAUCGAUACAGAACAGUGGGGAAUCUGUGAAACAUUUCGUAACGUGGAGGAACCUGGAAAGCAUGAUGCUGAGUGAAAUCAGUCAGUUGCAAAAGGACAAAUAUUGUAUAAGACCACUAUUAUAAGAACUCAAGAAAUAGUUUAAACUGAGAUGAAAACAUUCUUUUGUGGUUACAAGAAGGGGGAGGAAGGGAGGGUGGGAGGGGGCAUUCACUGAUUAGAUAGUAGAUAAGAACUACUUUAGGUGCAGGGAAAGACAGCACACAAUACAGGGGAGGUCAGCACAAUUGGACUAAACCAAAAGCAAAGAAGUUUCCUGAAUAAACUGAAUGCUUCAAAGGCCAGCGUAGCAGGGGCAGGGGUCUGGGUACCAUGGUUUCAUGGGACAUCUAAGUUAAUUGGCAUAAUAAAAUCUAUUAAGAAAACAUUCUGCAUCCCACUUUGAAGAGUGGCAUCUGGGGUCUUAAACACUAGCAAGCAGCCGUCUAAGAGGCAUCAAUUGGUCUCAACCCACCUGGAUCAAAGGAGAAUGAGGAACGCCAAGGACACAAGGUGAUUAGGAGCCCAAGAGACAGAAAGGGCCACAUGAACCAGCAACCACAUCAUCCUGAGACCAGAAGAACCAGAUGGUGUCUGGCUACAACCGAUGACUGCCCUGACAGGGAGCAAAACAGAGAACCCCUGAGGGAGCAGGAGGGCAGUGGGAUGCAGACCCCAAAUUCUCAUAAGACCAGACUUAAUGGUCUGAGUGAGACUAGAAGGAUCCCGGUGGUCAUGGCCCCCAGACCUUCUGUUGGCCCAGGACAGGAACCAUUCCCGAAGUCAACUCUUCAGACAUGGAUUGGACUGGACAAUGGAUUGGAGAGGGAUGCUGGUGAGGAGUGAGCCUCUUGGAUCAGGUAGACACUUGAGACUAUGUUGGCAUCUCCUGCCUGGAGGGGAGAUGAGAGGGUGGAGGGGGUUAGAAGCUGGUGAAACAGACACGAAAAGAGAGAGUGGAGGGAGAGAGCAGGCUGUCUCAAUAGGGGCAGAGUAAUUGGGAGUGUGUAGCAAGGUGUAUAUGGAUUUUUGUGUGAGAGACUGACUUGAUUUGUAAACUUUCACUUAAAGCACAAUAAAAAUUAUUAAAAAACAAAAAAAUUAUAGAUAACAUUACAAAGAAUAGGAAUUCCAGAACAAUUAAUUGUGCUCAUGCAGAACCUGUACACAGACUAAGAGGUAGUCUUUCAAACAGAACAGAGAUACUCCAUGGUUUAAAAUCAAAAAAGAUAAAACCAAACCAAAAGCUGGAAGGCAGGAGAGGCUUUCUAGGCACAAAGCUAAGUGGAGUGUGCGUUUUGAGGGACAAAUGAAGAUAGCCUAGCACAGAUUGGCACUCUGAUGAAAAAACUGAGGGUCAAAAGGUUAAGGAGUUUACCCAAGGUACACAACUAGUAAGGAGCCAUGAAAAUAAUCUUAAGUAAUCAUUAAUAUCUUACCAAUCAAGACAUUUCUGUAUUUGAAAAAUAGCCUCAAGAUUAAAACGUGGGGCAAAUGUUAGUUGUUAAUUUAAGUUAUUAAGUUCACAGAUUUUUUUAAGAUAUACAUUUUAAUUUUGUUUUCAAUAACAAAAAAAAAAGAUUUCCAUGAAACAGAUAAGGGAGAGUUUGAUUUCUCAGCAAUGACAAAAAAAGUUUCCAGGUGUAAUUAUAAUGAGUGGUUUACACAGAGUACCCUUUAGUUACUGCAAAUGGGAAACAUGUAAACAAUUUUAAUAUAACCCCUGUACUAUUGUAUUUCACUGUGUUUACUUUUCUGUGUCCCAGUAGACUGUAAGUUUGUUAAGAGCAAAGAGCUAUAUUGUACUCAUGUUUGUCAUGUUUGUGACUCUAAACCCUGACAGUAUAAAAAAAAAAAAAAAAAAAUUUUUUUUUUUUUUUUUAUAUACCUGGGACAAAAUAGGCUCUCAAUAAAUGUUUGUUGAAUGAUUAAAUAAAUUAAUACUUGGAAGGAUUUACAUGAAAUAAUGUGACUUUAAAAAUAAUACUCGAUUAUAAUGGUGUAAAAACUGAUGGGUCCACAUUAACAAAUAUGAAAAUUUGUAGUGCUGUAACUAGAGUUUUAAUGCUCACAAGGUUUAUUUUAUUGCUAUAAAACUCUUGUUUGUAAUUUCUCUUAAUAGUGUUUCCUUUACUCUGAAGGAAUGGCAAUUGGGUAUAUGGUGAAAAACGUUUGUCUCUGAUUCUGUAAAUUGACAGUGACAUUUUGAAAUAACGAAGUACUGUACUUAGUUAGGAAUUUGUAAUAAUAGGUGUGUUGCUAUUCAAGAUUACAUUUACCCUGAAAUUGAGGGAUUGAUUGACAAUAAUUCACUAAACACACUCUUCAGCCAUUUAAAUCUUGAGUCUCAUUAGUACCAGAUUUACAGAUUAUGUUGUAUAAUAUGAAUGCACAGUGUUUGCAUACAUAUUCCUGUUCAUUCUUUCAUCUUGUGUUCCACGUAAUUCGUUGUUAAAGAAAUUGCCUGUAAUUCCUUUAAUUCCUUUAAUACUUAGCACAAAAUUUAAUAUGAGGGUUACAGGAAAAAUCCAAGACUCCAUAUAAUUGAAAUUUAACUACAAAAGGUAAGGUUUUCUCUGUGUUUUUAGAGUGUCUUCAUGAAAGUUGUCAUUGAGGUCAUAAGCGGAGUUCCUAAGAAAAGCUUUUUUAGGUUUAAAGCAUUCUUUUGGAAUAUGCAUAGAUCAUAAUGAUGUGGUACCAGCUGAAUAUGUGACAAAGAAACACUGUCCCUGGUAAUUGUAAAUUUACCUUUAUUAAAAAAAAUUACAAGUAAGACUUCAUCUUAAGCUUGCAAUUAAAAUCAAAUUAAUGAACAUGUUUGGAGGAUGGCUUUCUAGGUCUGAAUUUAUUGAAAUUUAUCUUUGGUUAAGUUACAUCAAGCACUGCAAUAGCUCCAUUGUAUUAAUGCAGUCAGGGAUACCUAUAACGUAUAAAGCUUUUAUUAAAUAAACUGCCUAUCAUUCUUCAGUAGCCCAGAGUGGACUAACCUUUAUAUCCCUGAUUGCUCCCAACUCUAACGAGGAAGUAAGCAUAGAUUACGUGAGCCUCUGUUUUUGAUACAGCUACUUCUACUUUUCUUUUUAGACAUUUUCAUUAAUAGCGUUAGUUUGGUCUUGUAAAUGUUUACUCAUCAUCUACCAAGUGUACAGCACUGGGGUAGGGCCUUGGGGCAGAGAGGUUCUUUGCUGUAAUGAGGGGCUAUUGGCAAAGGGGGAGUGAGGAGAAAAGUAUUACUAUGUAACAGUAACCAUGUUUUAGUAUCUCUUUUUGCUUUAAGCUUGGUUCCAAACAACCAGGCAGUUCUACUCUGUCCUAUAGGGUCGCUGUGAGUCGGAAUUGAGGGCAGUGGGUUUUGGUUUUGUUUUUUAAGUCAUGGGUAAUCUAGAAUCCUCUAAUCAAGAGUUUAUGAUACUUAGUUUCUGAACUAUUUAUUGUUUCUUUCAUUCAACACUAAUUUAUUUAGAAUCAUCUAUCCUACAUGAGAAAAUUACUCUCCUCCAACCUAACCUCUGUGGUUAACUUGUAUCUGAGCAGUAGCCCAAUAAAUUGUCACAAUCCAGAUCCUAGAGAUUAGGACAGUUACAUUUCUUUGUGUGGAUCAUAACAAAUUAUAACAUUGCAAAGAAUGGGAAUCCCAGAACUCUUAAUUGUGUUCAUGUGGAAUCUGUACAUAGGCCAAGAGGCAGUCAUUCAAACAGAACAAGAAGAUACUGCAUGGUUUAAAAUUGGAGAACAUGCACCAGGGUUGUAUACUUUCACCAUACUUAUUCAACCUGUAUGCUGAGCAAGUAAUCUGAGAAGCCAGACUAUAUGAAGAAGAACUGGGCAUCAGGACUGGAGGAAGACUCAUUAACAACCUACGAUAUGCAGAUGACACAACCUUGCUUGCUGAGAGCAAAGAGAAUUUGAAGCACUGAUGAAGAUCAAAGACUACAGUCUUUAGUAUGGAUUACAUAAAGAAAACAAAAACCCUUAAAACAGGACUAAUAAGCAACAGCGUGAUAAACAAAGGAAAGAUUCAAGUUGUCACAGAUUCCGUUUUACUUGGAUCCACAGUUAACACCCAUGGAAGCAUCAGUCAGGAGAUCAAACACUGUAUCGCAUUGGGCAAAUCUGCUGCAAAAGACCUCUUUAGAGUGUUAAAAACUAAAGAUGUCACUUUGAGGACUAAGGUGCGCCUGACUCAAGCCAUGGUAUUUUCAUUUGCCUCAUAUGCAUGUGAAAGCUGGACACUGAAUAGGAAGAACUGAUGCAGUUGAAUUAUGGUGUUGGCUAACAAUAUUGAAUAUAUCAUAGACUGCCAGAAGAAUGAACACCUCUGUCUUGGAAGAAGUACAGCCAGAACGCUCCCUAGAAGUGAGGAUGGCAAGACUUCAUCUUAUGUACUUUGGACGUGUUAUCAGGAGGGACCAAUCCCUGGAGAAGGACAUCAUGCUUGGUAAAGUAGAGGGUCAACAAAAAAGAAGAAGACCUGCAACGAGAUGUAUUGAUGCAGUGGCUGUAAAAUGGAUUCAGACAUACCUACUAUAGUAAGGGUGGCACCAGACCAAGCAAAGCUUCAUUCUGUUAUACGUGGGGUCACUGUGAGUCGGAACUAACUCAGCAGCGCCAAAGAACAACACAAACAAGAAUAUAUUGGUGGAACGACAGUAAAAUAUGCCAGAGGGAUAUUCUAGGCUGACUUGGGAGUUAGAAACAACACUUUCAUAGCACAGAGAAGGUAUAUUUAUUAGCUCAUGGCAGUUUUUUGCAUAUCCAAUGGAAAUUGUUGGCUUUGUGGUUUGUUUCAUGUAACUUAUUUUUUCCUGAGCCUGGGUCUUACUGUCUUCAGCACUCUAUUUCUUUUCCUUUUCUGUGUUUAAUAUCUCAUCAUUGUCAUGUCCAGUCUCUUUCCAGAGCUAACAAUGGCAAACAGGAUACAGAUUCUCACAUCUCUUGCUGUUUUCUCUAAAACAGGAAUAAGUCAUGACAAGCUACGCAAAGAAUAGCAAAAACAAUCUCUUUGUCCAAGAGCUGAAGCAAAACUUUCAAAAAAGACCAACCUUUAAAAGAAUCUUUUUCAGACCACUUUCUGAAACAAUCCAGAUUAUUCACUGGUCAAAAGUUUUAUUAGGAAAACUUCUCUGUGAUGUACCUAUAUAAGAAUUUGUAUGUUAGAUACAAUAAUGUGAUAUUUUUAAACAUCAGAAUUUUACUGAAAAUGCAAGUCACAGAAAUCUAACACUCAAAAUUAACUUUUAGGAGAAAAGGUUAACUACAUUAACUUAAUGUUUAGAGCACUAUCUUGAUAGCUGAGUACACCACAGAUAGAUGCCUUUCUGUAGAUACUUUCUGCUCAGAAAAAGAGUUCUUUAUCCAGUGACUUUUCUCCAUAGUUAGGCCCGGAUCACAGGAGAUAAUUUCUUUCAUCUCAAUUUGUAUACUCAUUUUAUAAAUAUUUAUUGAGCUUUCUAUUAUGUAUCAGACAUUAUGUGGGUACCAGGAACACAGCUGUGAGCAAGACACACACAGUCCUUGGGCUUACAACCCAGCAAGACCAAUAAGCCUAUCAAAUCCUCCAGUGGAUGAAGCUCAGGGAGCACCUAGCCAGGGUGAGCCAGGCAUAUAGGCAACACAGCAUAGCAGCAAGAGCACACAGAAGGGCUCUUGCAUUCUUGCAGUGGAAGCUAUGAGGCAGGGAGAACAGAUAAGAAUUAAAAUAAUAACAGUCAUUCUUCAGGUUCCUGCUACAUCCCUGGUCCUGGUCUCUAGGGCACAUGGUUUCUCACUGUGAUUCAAGGACUACUGGAGUACCCAGCUAUCUACCAAGGCUCCCAGGCAACUAGUGUGGAAAAGCAAUAAAUCAAUUUUGUCCAAUUUAUUUCAUAUUUUUUUAAAUGUAAGAUUAAUUAUGGUAUCCUUCCAAAUCCCAUUUCAUUCAUUAUAUUUGUUACAUUUUAAUAGACAGCUCACAUAUAACAAGGAUUUCAUUUGUUGUUUUCUCUUGACAGAGCAGAGACCUUUGACUUUGACUUCUGUACUUUCCUGCCAUUCACAUGUUAAUGUUCCAUGCUUAAAUUAUCUUGACAGUUCCUCAGAAUUGAUCAUGGCUCAAAAGUAGUUUAUCGAAGCAUAAAAGUAAUGAUGAAAACAGUAUAAUAUGUAGCACAUUAAAAUCAGUAUAACAUAGUUCAGCCUAGUUCAAAUUAGUAUAAAUAAUUUAAAGAAAACUCCAGUGCUAGUAUAGAAGAUGCCAAGACAGGUAACUCCAAUUGUGAUGAUUUCACACUAGUUGUAAUAAAAGAAAAUUUUGAUUAGGAAGUGACUAAUUAUAUAUAUUAUAUAAGACAGAAAUCUACUUACUUCCAGUGCCAGUAUUUCCAUUAUGAAGGCAUGAUACCCUCAAAUUUUUUGUUUCAUUAUUAAGCAAAGCUCAAUGACCUGAUACAUCAGAACAAGAAAAGAAUGCUUUUCACUAAAAAAGAAAAAAAUAAUAAUCUUAUUGCUAAAGGCAGCGAAGACACUAAACCAGAGAGCCACAGAGUAGAAAUCAUUUACAUUAUUUGAGGUAAAAAUGAAUGUAAGCCCUACUACUGCCAAGAAACUCGUAAAACUGGUCACGAAGUUAACAACAAAAAGUUAAUGCUCAAAAGAGAUAGCAGGAUGAGUUCUUAGAAAAACUGAUUCAGCUGUUGGAUGACAUGCGAUGGUAAGGGAUGGUCUGUGGAAGAGCAAUGAUUGUAUUGUGUGUACUACUAGAUAUAUGUUGCUUUACAGUUAGAUGAAACCACUAAUGUGUGCAAAGUAAGAAUCAGUUCAUGGCAUAUGUGCUGUAUGUGUGUAAGAGGUGGAAGUACUCCUCUUCAAUCUUUUUUUUUUUUUAAUAGUGUGCUUUUGGUGAAUGUUGAUACAGCAAAUUAGUUCCCAUUUGACGAUUUCUACACAAAUUGUUCAGUGACAUUGACUACAUUUUUCACAAUGUGUCAACAUUCUCUUUAAUUGCAUUCUGGUUGUUCCAUUUUCAGUACUCUAGUGUCUGCCCUCUUCUCAUCUUUGUUUUAAAGUAAUUGUUGACUUUUUGGUCUCAUGUAGAUUUUUUUGUUUUGUUAAUUGUGCUUUAAGUGAAAGUUUACAAUUCAAGUGGAUUCCUCAUACAAAAACUUAUACACACAUUGUUAUGUGACCCUAGUUACUUUCCCUAUAAUGUGACAACACACUCUUCCUCUCCACCCUGUAUUUCCCAUGUCCAUUCAACCAGCUCCUGUCCCCUUCUACCUUUUUAUCUUCCCUUCAGACGGGAGCUGCCGACUUAGUCUCAUGUGUCUACUUGAGCUAAGAAGCACACUUCUCACCAGUAUCAUUUUAUAUCUUAUAGUCCAGUCUAAUCUUUGUCUGAAGAGUUGGCUUUGGGAAUGAUUUUAGUUUUGGGCUAACCGAGAGUCUGGGGGCCAAGUUCUCUAGGGUCCCUCCAGUCUCAGCCAGACCAUUAAGUCUGGUUUGUUUUUUUUACUGGAAUUUGAGUUCUGCACCCCACUUUUCUCCUGCUCCAUCAGGACAUAUAGACAGUUUUUUAAUGGAGCAUGGUACACACAGGUAAUAUCCUUUAUUUUGUAUGCCAAUCUGUUAUUUUGCUAAAAGGUGACCUUAGGGGAUAUUUCCCAUUCAAGGUUUAAGGAGUCUCUCCGGGUGAUAGUAUCAGGGAGUCCUCUAGUCUCAACUGGUCAAGUAAGUCUGGACUUUUUUAAGUACUUGGGUUCCAUUUGGCAUUUUCCUCCCCUUCUAUCUGGGUCCAUCUAUUGUGCCCCUAAUCAGAAUGGUUGGUAGUGGUAGCCAGGCACUGUAUCUUCGUUAUUUUUAUCAAUAAGAAAUGUAUAAAAUGUAUUAAAAAAACAUUCUGCAUCCCACUUUGGUGAGAGGCGUCUGGGGUCUUAAACGCCAGCAAGCACCUGCAGCAAGGGAGAAUGAAGAACACCAAAGACAUAUGAUAAAGAUGAGCCCAAGAAACAGAAAGGGCCACAUAAACCAGAGACUACAUCAGCCUGAGACCAGAAGAACUAGGUGGUGCCCGGCUACCACCGAUGACUGCCCUGACAAGGAACGCAACAGAGAAUCCCUGAUGGAGCAGGAGAACAGUGGGAUACAGAUCUCAAAUCCUCAUAAAAAGACCACACUUAAUGGUCUCACUGAGACUAGAGGGACCCUUUGUUAGCCCAAGACUGGAACCAUUCCUGAAGCCAUCUAUUCAGACAGGGAUUGGACUGGACUAUAAGAUAGACAGUGAUACUGGUGAGAAGUAAGCUCCUUGGCUCAAAUAGACUCAUGAGACUAUGUGGGCAACUCCUGUCUGGAGGCGAGAUGAGAAGGCAGAGGGGGUCAGAAGCUGGCUAAAUGGACAUGGGCAAUAGAGGGUAGAGAGAAGGAAUGUGCUGUCUCAUUAGGGGAAGAGCAGCUAGGAGUACAUAGCAAGGUAUACUGACUUGAUUUGUAAACUUCCACUUAAAGCACGAUAAAUAAAUAAACGUAUGUUUCAAAAGAAAUUUUUUGCUUAGUUAAUGGUUAUUUUGCAUGUUGUGAAUUAGAAAAGAGGCAAAAUCAGUACUGAUAAAAAACUAAGUUUAGCAAGGAAAAUCGUGGCUAUAUUCAAAUGAAAAAGAUUGCACUUGAGUGUCAUUCCACAUAUUGCUCGGGUAUUCUUGAGUAUCCUAAACCUGUUAUAUCAGAGCUAAAGUUAUCAUAGAUUUUAAUUUCGAGAAUAAAAUCAAGGUUUUUUUUUUUAAGAAAAAAAUGAACUGUGGUUGCAUAUGGCUUUAAUUAUCAAGAGAUUGAUUCUUUCCAAACACUUUAUAAUUUUCUUCAUCAGUUAAAGAAAUUGGUGAUAUGAAAUAAAGGACAUAGAGUCCCUCAGUGGUACAAACAGUUAAGCAUGCAACUACUAGCCAAAAGGUUGGUGGUUUGAACCCACUCAGAGACGCCUCAGAAGACAUCUGCUUCUGAAAGGUUACAGCUUUGAAAACCCUGUGGAGCAGUUCUACUCUGCACACACACACCGGGAGCUGGAAUCAACUCAGCAGCAACUAACAGCAACAAUAGAGGAUAUUUCUAACCCCCAAACAAAGACGGCAACAGAGCAUAAAGAAAUACUUUCUAGAGCAAAAACAACCAAAGUAGUCAACCUUUAAACUUCUGAAUGUGGUAAACUCAUUGAUUUCGAGUCUGACAGAACUUAAACUAGCCUUUAAUGAGAACUCUCCUCAUAAUUUGAGCCCAUGUUUGAUCCAAAUAUUCAGACAUACCUGAAAGAGCCAACAAGCAUUUGCUUCCAUUUUUGUGAUCUCUAAUUAGGUUUUUUAAAUUUAUUAGCAAUAAAAGAAAUAGAAUAAAAACUAACCUAUAGCUCAAGCUAGAAAUCAUCAAAUUGGAUAUGAAUAACCUUGGCAAAAUAUUGCAAACAAUAUCAAUUACCUUCUAACUGAUAAUAAACUGUUGUUAUUAUUAAAUGUUAUGGUUAUUUUUAUUAUCUUAAAAAUUAUGUUCUUAUUUCAUAACAUGGAGGAACCUGGAAGGCAUUAUGCUGAGCAAAAUUAGUCAGAGGCAGAAGGACAAAUAUUGUAUAAGACCACUAUUAUAAGAUCUUGAGAAAUGGUAAAAACUGAGAAGAACACAUACUUUUGUGGUUAAAAGGGGGGGAGGGAGGGAGAGGGUUUUUUAUUGAUUAAUUAGUAGAUAAGAACUGCUUUAGGUGAAGGGAAGGACAACACUCAAUACAUGGAAGGUCAGCUUAAUUGGACUGGACCAAAAGCAAAGAAGUUUCCGGGAUAAAAUGAAUGCUUCAGAGGUCAGCAGAGCAAGGGCGGGGGUCUGGGGACCAUGGUUUGAGGGGACUUCUAAGUCAAUUGGCAAAAUAAUUCUAUUAUGAAAACAUUCUGCAUCCCACUUUGAAAUGUGGCAUCUGGGGUCUUAAAUGCUAACAAGCGGCCAUCUAAGAUGCAUCAUUUGGUCUCAACCCACCUGGAGCAAAGGAGAAUGAAGAACACCAAGGUCACACGACAACUAAGAGCCCAAGAGACAGAAAGGGCCGCAUGAACCAGAGACCUACAUCAUCCUGAGACCAGAAGAACUAGUUGGUGCCCGGCCACAAUCGAUGACUGCCCUGACAGGGAGCACAACAGAGAACCCCUGAGGGAGCAGGAGAUCAGUGGGAUGCAGACCCCAAAUUCUCAUAAAAAGACCAUACUUAAUGGUCUGACUGAGACUAGAGGAAUCCCGGCAGCCAUGGUCCCCAGACCUUCUGUUGGCACAGGACAGGAACCAUCCCGGAAGACAACUCAUCAGACAUGAAAGGGACUGGUCAGUGGGUGGGAGAGAGAUGCUGAUGAAGAGUGAGCUAAUUGUAUCAGGUGGACACUUGAGAUUGUGUUGGGAUCUCUUGUCUGGAGGGGGGAUGGGAGGAUAGAGAGAGAGGGAAGCUGGCAAAAUUGUCACGAAAGGAGAGACUGAAAGGGCUGACUCAUUAGGAGGAGAGCAAGUGGGAGUACGGAGUAAGAUGUAUGUAAACUUAUAUGUGACAGACUGAUUGGAUUUGUAAACGUUCACUUGAAAAAAGUUAAAAAAAAAAAAAUUAUGUUCUUAGAAAUUUACCUAAAAUUGGUUAUUUGUUAUUUGCCUAAAAUUACCCACAUUUGUCCUCUUGACUCUGAGGAUACACUAAAUAUAAUGCAAUUUUUGUCCUUAAGCAGUUUACACUCUAGAGGAUUUAAUCUUAUAAUCAGCCCUAUGAAGAGGGUAGUAUUCUCCCCAUUUUAUCAGUGUUGAAGCUGAGGUACAAAGAAGUAAUUAGAUGAGCCAGUCAGAGCCAUGCUCUUUUUGCCAAAUUACACCUGCCUCUCGGAUACUAUUAUCCCAUUUGGUGAGAAAAUGAAAACUUAGAAAAGUUCAUGAGUUAUCCAAGAGCACAGGUUUCAGUUUUCUUACCAAUUUGGGAAAAUAAUGCCUGGGAGGCAGUAUGAUAGUAUCAAUACUGUAAUAGCAUUAACAACAACAGAGCCGCUGAGCAUAACAAAUUGAGAAAACCAAAACCCCUCAUGUAAUUAUAACACAUUUUUACUUUUUCUCAUCAUUCUACCUAAUUCUUCCUCCUGAGCUCAGGUUCCCUUAUACUUAAAAUCUCAAAGUGGUGAGGCUGAUUAUUUCCUAGUUAUUACUGCGUCAAAUAUUUAAUCUAUUUAGAGGAGAUUAGGAAUGAUCUGAAAGUCUUUCAUCUUUGCCAAAUCUUUAAGCCUUUUCCUGCCCUGUGUCCUUGCUCUGAUUUCUUCAGAUCCGAUCAGGGAACAUUACUCUUAGUAUCAUACUCACAUACAUACACCUCAUGGUCAUCCUCAACAAAUUAUAGUUUUACGGUUUAUCUUCAUUUCCUGAUUCCCUGGUUCUUUAUUAGGCUCCUGUUACACGUGUACCCUUUUGCUACAUGUUGUCAGAAAGACAAACAGCAGGCAUAGUAAUACCUGUAACUAUAUACAAAGUAUUCCAUGUUCUUUCUCUCAUUGGAACCUCUUAAGGGCCCUAUACAGUGAAACCUGGAUCUCACACAUUUUUCCCCCUUUGACAGAGUGCAGUCACUGCUUUUCUGUCACUCUCUAUUUAGUGGAAAAUAUUUGAGGUUUCCUUCUCUGACAGGUUUCUGCCUUACACAGGUUCUGGCUUUCGCAGGUUUUAUUGUAAUGUGAUUAUAAAUUGUAUUAAAGGUAAGGAAGCUGAUCUUAGAGAAUUUAAGAGAUUUGCCUAAAGUCCACAUCUAGUGAAGGACUUGAACUUGGUCUUCUGUCUACUAUUUGUUCAGGAUUACAUGGUUUUCGCUUUUAGACUCUUAUAGUAAGAUUGAUCUCUAUGCAUUCCAUUUCAUUUUUGACAAUUUCCAAAAAUGGAACACAUAAAGAUCGAUAUCCUAGGCAUUAGUGAGCCGAAAUGAACUAGUAUUUGUCAUUUUGAAUCAGACAAUCAUCUGGUCUACUCUGCCAGGAAUGGCAACUUGAAGAGCAAUGGCAUUGCAUUCGUCGUUAAAAGGAACAAUUCAACAUCUGUCCUAAAGUGAAAAACUGUCAAUGAAAGGAUAAUAUCUAUAUGCCUACAAGGAAGACCAGUUAAUAUGACUUUUGUUCAUAUUUAUGCACCAACCACUAAGGCCGAAGAUGAAGAAAUUGAAAAUUUUUAUCAACUUCUGCAGUCUGAAAUUGAUGAAACUUGUAAUUAGGAUGCGCUGGUAAUUACUGUUCAAUGGAAUGGGCAAUUUGGAAACAAGAAGGAUCAUUAGUUGGAAAAUAUGGCCUUGGUGAUAGAAACGAUGCCAGAGAUCGCGUAUUAGAAUUUUGCAAGACCAGCUACUUCUUCAUUGCAAAUACCUUUUUUCACCAACAUAAAUGGCGACUAUAUGCAAAAAAAAAAAAAUUUCUUUUUUUAUAUGCAUGGACCUCACCAGAUGGAAUUCACAGGAAUCAAAUCAACUACCUCUGUGGAAAGAGACGAUGGAAAAGCUCAAUAUCAUCAGUCAGAACAGGACCAAGGGCCAACUGCGGAUCAGACCAUCAAUUACUCAUAUGCAAGUUCAAGUUGAAACUGAAGACAAUGAGAGCCAAAGUACAACCUUGAGUAUAUCCCACCCAAAUAUAGAGACUGUCUCAAGAAUAGAUUUGACGCAUUGAACACUAAUGACCGAAGACCAGACAAGUUGUGGAAUGACAUCAAUGACAUCAUACAUGAAGAAAGCAAGAGGUCAUUAAAAAGGCAGGAGAGAAAGAAAAGACCUAACUGGAUGUCAGAAGAGGCUGUGAAACUUGCUCUUGAACAUCAAGUGGCUAAAGCAAAAGGAAAAAAUGAGGAAGUAAAAGAGCUGAACAGAAAAUUUCAAAGGGUGGCUUGAGACGACAAAGUAAAGUAUUAUGACGACACAUGCAAAGACCUGAAGAUAGAAAACCAAAGGGGAAGAACAUGCUCAGCAUUUCUCAAGGUGAAAGAACUAAAGAAAAAAUUCAAGCCUUAGCUUGAAAUACUGAAGGAUUCUACAGGGAAAAUAUUAAACGACACUGAAAGCAUGAAAAGAAGAUGAAAGGAAUACACAGAGUCACUAUACCAAAAAGAAUUGGUCAAUGUUCAACCAUCUCAGAAGGUAACAUAUGAUCAGGAACCAAUGGUACUGAAGGAAGAAGUCCAAGUUGCACUGACGGCAUUGGCGAAAAACAAGGCUCUGGGAAUUGAGGGAAUACCAACUGAGAUGUUUCAACAAAUGGGUGCAGCACUGGAAGUGCUCAUUGUCCUAUGCCAAGAAAUUUGGAAGACAGCUACCUGGCCAACUGACUGAAGAAAUCCGUAUUUAUGCCUAUUCCCAAGAAAGGUGAUCCAACAAAUGUGGAAAUUAUCAAACAAUAUCAUUAACGUGACAUGCAAGUGAAAUUCUGCUGAAGAUCAUUCAAAAGCAGCUGCAGCAGUAUAUCCACAGGGAACUGCCAGAAAUUCAAGCUGGAUUUAGAAGAGUACGUGAACCAGGGAUAUUAUUGCUGAUGUCAGAUGGAUCAUGGCUGAAAGCAGAGAAUACCAGAAAAAUGUUUACCUGUGUUAUGACUGUGCUAAGGCAUUCAACUGUGUGAAUCUUAAAAGAUUAUGGAUGGCAUUGCGAAGAAUAGGAGUUCCACAACACUUAAUUGUACUCAUGAAGAAUCUGUACAUGAAUCAAGAGGCAGUCAUUUGAAUAGGAUACUGCAUGGUUUAAAGUUAGGAAAGAUGUAUAUUAGGAUUGUAUCCUUUCACCAUAGCUAUUCAAUCUGUCUGCUGAGCAAAUAAUCCAAGAAACUGGACUAUAUGAAGACGUAUGUGGCAUCAGAAUUGGAGGAAGAUUUAUUAACAGCCUGCGUUAUGCAGAUGACACAACCUAGCUUGCUGAAAGUGAAGAGGACUUGAAGCACUUACUGAUGGAGAUCAAAGACCACAGCCUUCAGUGUGAUUACACCGCAAAAUAAAACAAAAAUCCUCACAACUGGACUAAUAAGCAGUAUCAUGAUAAAGGGCGAAAACAUUGAAGUUGUCAAGGAUUUCGUUUUGCUUGGAUCCAUAGUCAACACCCAUGACAGCAGCAGUCAAGAAAUCAAAAGACUCAUUGCAUUGGGCAAAUCAACUGCAAGUGAUCUCUUUAAAGUGAUCAAAAGCAAGGAUGUCACCUUGAAGAAUAAGAUGUGCCUGACCCAAGCCAUGGUGUUUUCAGUUGCCUUAUAUGCAUGCGAAAGCUGGACAAUGAAUAAGAAAGACCGAAAAAGAAUCGAUGCUUUGAAUUGUGAUGUGGGUGAAGAAUAUUGACAUACCAUGGUUGCCAAAAGAAAGAACAAAUCUGUCUUGGAAGAAGUACAGCCAGAAUGCUCCUUGGAAGCAAGGAUGGCGAGACUGUGCCUCACAUACUUUGGACAUGUUGUCAGGAGGGAUCAAUCCCUGGAGAAGGACAUUAUGCUUGAUAAAGUGGAGGGUUGGCCAAAAAGAGGAGGACCCUCAGUUAGACAGAUUGACACAGUGGCUGCAACAGUGGGCUUAAGCAUAGCAAUGAUUGUGAGGAUGGCACAGAACCGCGCAGUGUUUCGUUCUGUUGUGGAUAGGGUCCCUGUGAGUCGGAAGCGACUCAAUGGCACCUAACAACGAGCAAAAUUGAAGGGUCAAGACAUAAUGUGAAAAGUUAAGAAAAUGGCAUACACAAUACAUAGAGACCAUUCGGUCCUUUUCAGUGGAGAAAAGCGAGACAUUGCUGUGGGCCAGCAAUAUGAGAGAUUGUUGAUUCUUGGGCUCAGUACUUCUUAGACACUCCUGAGAACUAACAAAGUGGAAAGGAUUCAAGCUCUGCCUUCCUGAUUUUUAGUCUGAGCAGUUUCUUACUGGCUUUGGUUGUACUAUAUUGUACUAUAUCUAGUUACUGUAUUUUCUUUUACGUACUGUUGUUUUUGUUAGUUGCCAUUGAAUCCUUUCCAGCUCAUGGCCACCGAUUGUGUGCAGAGUACAACUGCUGCAUUGGAUUUCCAAGGCUGUGACCUUCUGGAAACAGAUCGCCAGGGCUGUCUUCAGAGGUGCUUAUAGAUGGGUUCAAAACACCAACAUUUUGGCUAGUAAUUGAGUGUUUAACCAUUUGGACCACCCAAUUUUAAAAGUAGCUGCAUUAAAUUCUCAACUUUCAUCUCUUAGGAAAACAAGGAUGUCCAUUCUUCAACUCACCUUAAAAAAAAGAACAACCAUGUGUUGAGUAUCUGCUAGUGCCAAGCACUGUGUUAGAUACUUUCUGUAUAUGAUCUCUUCUGGUUUUUAUGAUAACCCUGUGAGAUAGUUAUUAUUAUCCCCAUUUUAUUGAGGAAGAAACUGAGAUUAAUUACUUGGGCUAAGUAAUUUGCCCAAGGUCACACUUCUAUAUCAAAGCCAGAGUACACAUUUAUGUGAUUUUCAUAUGUCACCUUCCCUUCUAAAGCUAAGCUGCAGUUACAUUGAAGAUUCUUGGGAUAAACUGAAGCUGCUAUUGAGAUUAGAUAGAAUCAGAACAGGCUGACCUGGAGAGUAAGUCAGACACUCUCAGACGCCCAAAUAUUAUAUUCCCUUGAGUAGAAUAAGGAAAUUUGUCAUAACUGUCUACUUUUCUGCAUGAAUAAUACUGCUAAAAAGUCAUAUCCACACCCUCUUUAUUUACACUUGUUGCUUUUAAAGUGCCUGCUGAUGGAUCAGUGCGUCCAUGCCUGCCAUCUCAGAGUAGAAGUUAAUAAUUUGUCAUGUAUGAAACUAAUGUAAAGAGAUUGGAGACUCAGCAUUAGCAUUAGCAUUCAACGCACCUGUUCAGAGCUAGCCUUCCACAUUUUUCUCUCUUUUGCCUGAGGUAGAGACUUCUUCAUGGAUUACAGUAACACUUUUUGACAAGCUUAGACUGGGUGGAGCUGCCAUGUAAUGACAGAACAAAAUUGAUGAUAUCUCAGCAAUGCAUUCUUUUUUUAUUUGGGCUGUCAACAUGUAUUACUAUAAAAGCAUUUAUUGUUACACAUCUGGCCCAGCCUAUCCACUUCUUAUUUUCAGUGACAGUAGGGCCUAACGAAGUAUGUUUAUUUUUCUAGUUACACAAUAUUGACUGGCUUUGGGGGUAAUAUAUCUGGUUAUUGUAUUUUCUUUUAUGUACUGUUGUUUUAAAAAGUAGCUAUCUUAAUGUUUUCCAAAUAAAAAUUAAAACCUACUUGUUCUAAAGUCUUCUCAAGUGGCUGUUGGACUUUCCCAGUGUCAUGAACCUGUCAGGCAUCUACAGAAGAUGUUAAAUCAAACUUUCUGAAGGCAAAUCCUUUAAAGAGAAUUAGAAAAAUUAUUCAUGUCUUAAAUGAUACAUUAACUUAAAUCUCUAUCUUUGGGGACAGCCAUAUCUCUCGCUGAUUUUUCUUUCCCACUGGUCCUUACAUGGCAAUGUUUGUGAAAAGGAAUUUGGGGGGCUAAAAAUACUUUUUCAUGUGCAUUCUACCUUUCCUUUGAAUGAGUUUGCUACCAGAUUGUAGAGCUCUACUACUGGUUCUUUCUGGGUAGAUUAAAGAAAAAAUUGGGAGGGACAGUUCUAUUCUUUAAGUAACUUACUAUCUAAAUUUGAAGAGCCAAAGCAUAUCCUUACAAAAAUAUCCCUAGAACAAUAAAGUGCUAUAGGAGCUAGAGUUCAGAAGGAGUGAUCCUUGAAGUCAGGAGGGUCUACUCUGAUGAGGUAAAAGUUUAUCUGAUACUGGAAAUAACAGUACAAUUUGCAGGUGCACAAGUCAGAGGAGAGAAGAUUAUAAUGUGGGGAAAAUAAGAGCAAAGAAAUAGUGUAAAGAAGUUCAAGCCAUGUUGGUCCAGUUCAUAUGAAGUAGAGAAUGUGUGUAGAAAAAUAGGAGAGAUUCGAUUGUCUUCAUUAGUAUUUUUAACAGGUCAUCUUUCCUUCUCCAAAUUACUUUUCUCUGAUUUUUUGCCUCUCAUGGGGGGUUCUUAGAAUCCUCUGACACGUUUCCUCCAGUUACAAAUUUUCCCUGACUCUGGUUAUAGUAUCUAAUUACCCAUCACCCUAGCAAGCAGAUAAUUACAGCAUAGUAAAAAGACUUUCUUUUUACGGGAACACAGCAAUGGCAGUAGGUACACGGAGCAGAGGUAGCACAAAGACUUCUUAGUGGAGAAAAUAUUUGAGUUUUAAAGGAUAAUGCAUAGGAGUACACAAGGCAAACCACCUUUAAUUCAUUUGUUUGACCACUAAACUGACACGUUUUUAUUAAGGGUCCUGGUGGCAACACAGGGUCCCGGUGGCUCAGUGGUUAAGAGCUCAGGCUGCUAACCAAAAGGUCAGCAGUUUGAAUCCAUCAGCUGCUCCUUGGAAACGCUAUGGGGCAGUCCUACUGUGUCCUAUAGGGUCGCCAUUGAGUCAGAGUCGACUUGAUGGCAACAGAUUUUAUAUGCCAACACUGAGCUAACCACUGGGUGGUAGGAGAUGAUACAGUUCAUGAGAUGUUCAGAGACUGCAAAUGAAAGAUUCUAGUAUAAUAACAUGAUUUCUAUGAUGGAGGUAUAUUAAAAAAAAAAAAAAAACAUUGCCAUCGAGUCAAUUCUGACUCAUAGUGACCCUAUAGGACAGAGUAGAACUGCCCCGUAGAGUUUCCAAGGAGCGCCUGGCAGAUUCGAACUGCUGAGCCUUUGGUUAACAGCCGUAGCACUUAACCACUACGCCAGCAGGGUUUCCGUGGAGGUAUAUGCAGGGUGUUAAAUCUGCCUAACAGAGUUAGAAAGGCCUUAUCAGGGUAAAACCCUUUAAGCUGAAAAGUUUGUAUAUGACAGGUAGACUUGUGGAGAAGUAUCUUCUAGGAGAAAGAAGGGUACUUUUACUGGAAGAAUACACCAUCAGUUAAAAGAGACACACAUCACAAUUAAAUGAGGACUACUUGGUUAGACCUUGGUGGCAUAGCAGUUAAGUGCUACACCUGCUAACCAAAAGGUUGGCAGUUUGAAUCUACCAGGCACUCCUUGGAAACUCUAUGGGGCAGUUCUGCUCUGUCCUAUAGGGUCACUGUGAGUUGGAAUCGACGGCAGUGGGCUUGGUUUGGUUUCUUGGAACUUAGGCAGAAAGAUUCUAAUUUCAGAUAUGAUGCAUCAUUUCAACAAUAGCCAUUUAUGCCUCCCAUUUCCCACUAUACUCAUCUUAUCUCUGCAGUCCAUUUUUGGCAUAAAGCACACCAGGUUAGUAAAGGCAAAGAAGGAAUGAUUCUCCACAUUCCACGCUUCUAAUUUUUGUUUUGUUUUGUUUUUAGAAGUUUUGUUUUUAUUUUAUAUCUGGCCAUAUCUAGGAAAAGAACCUAGAGAAAAUCUUAGUAGACUAGAAAAACUUAAUAAAGGAUUUGCUUUUGGGAUUCUCAGCUGCCCAUUGUUGUGUUCUAUUGAAGCAGUUCACUGCUUGUGUGCUGACAUACUCGUUACAGUUUUGCACAGCUUUAGAGGCUUGGAUUAGGAAUGCUUAUUGCCCUCAAGUUAGGAGACAGAACACUAAGGUGCCUGAUGGAGAGCAACUAAAUGGCAAUGCAAAAUGGCUCAGCCAUUCUGGAAAAUAGUUUGACUCUCAUAAAGUUUAGCAUACACUUACUAUGCGUCCAGCAGUCCCACUGCUAGCUAUUACCCUAGAAAAAUGAAAAAUUGUGUUCACACAAAAGCCCGUACACAAAUGUUCGUAGAAGCUGUAUUCAUAAUUGCCAAAACUGAAUAUAACCCAGAUGUCCUUCAGAGGGUGAAUGGAUAAGUAAACUGUUACAUCCAAGCCUUGGAAUACAACUCAGCAAUAAAAAGGAACAAAUUAUGUGUAAAUGUAACAAUUGGUAUACAUCACAAAGGAUUAUGCUUAGUAAAAGAAGCCAGCUCUAAGGGUUAAAUACUGUAUAAUUCCUUUACAUGAUAUUCUUGAAAAGACAAAACAUUUGCUGAAGAUAAUUCAAAAACAACUCCAGCCAUACAUAAAUAGGGAACUGCUAGAAGGUAAACUCGGAUUCAGAUGAGGACAUCAAACAAGUGAUAUCAUUGCUGAUGCUAGAUGCAUCUUCACCAAGAGCAGAGAAUACCAGAAAAAUGUUUACCUGUGUUUUAUCGAUUACACAAAGGCAUUCAACUAUGUGGAUCAUAACAGAUUAUGGAUAACAUUACAGAGAAUAGGAAUUCCAGAACACUUAAUUGUGCUCAUGCAGAACUUGUACAUAGACCAAGAGGCAGUAGUUCAGACAGAACAAGGGGAUACUACUACAUGGUUUAAAAUUGGAAAAGGUAUGUGGCAGGGUUUUAUCCUUUCACCUUACUUAUUCAGUCUGUAUACUGAACAAACAAUCUGAGAAGCUGGACUAUUUGAAGAAGAAUGUCACCUCAGGACUGGAGGAAGACUUACUAACAACCUGUGGUAUGCAGAUGACACAUCUUGCUUGCUGAAAAUGAAGAUGACUUGAAGUACUUACCGAUGAAGAUCAAAGACUACAACCUUCAGUAUAGAUUACAUAAACAUGAAGAAAACAAAAGUCCUCAUAACUGGACCAACAAAUAAUAUCAUGAUAAAUGGAGAAGAAAUUGAAGGUGUCAACGGUGUCACUCUACUUUGAUUAACAGGCAAUGUCCUUGGAAGCAACAGUCAAGAAAUCAAAUGACAUACUACAUUGGGCAAAUCUGCUGUAAAAAAAAAAAAAAAAACCCUUUAAAGUUUUAAAAAGCACAGAU